AUAUUCCAACAAGGUGCAAGCUAAUCCUCCAUUCAUCACCAUGAACCCCUUAGAUCCUAAAGAAUUUAGAAAGCAAGGGCACAUGAUCAUUGACUUCCUUGCUGAUUACUACCAGAAUGUUGCCAACUAUCCAGUGUUAAGCCAAGUAGAACCUGGUUACCUUGCAAAAUUGUUGCCCCCUUUUGCCCCUCACAAUCCUGAAUCCAUUGAAACCAUCCUACAAGACUUGCAGCAACACAUAAUCCCAGGCAUAACUCACUGGCAGAGUCCUAAUUACUUUGCUUACUUUCCCUCCAGUGGAAGCACAGCAGGGUUUCUUGGAGAGAUGAUAAGCACUGGACUCAAUGUUGUUGGGUUCAACUGGGUGUCAUCUCCGGCCGCAACAGAGCUAGAAAGCAUUGUCAUGGAUUGGCUUGGCCAGGCUCUAAAGCUCCCUGAUGCUUUCCUUUUCAAAGGUGGUGGAGGAGGUGUUUUGCUAGGGACAACUUGUGAGGCCAUCUUGGCCACACUAGUUGCAUCCAGAGAUCAAAUCCUUCAUCAAAUCGGUAGCGAAAAUUUAACAAAGCUUGUUGUUUAUGGCUCUGAUCAAACACAUUGUUCAGUUCAAAAAGCAGCUCAUAUAGUAGGAAUUCACCCCAAAAACAUCAGGGCCAUCAAGACUGUGAAGUCAAAAUCAUUCAGUUUGGAACCAGAAGCUCUAUUAUCAGCAAUUCAGUCAGAUGUUAAAAAGGGGUUGGUUCCUUGUUAUCUCUGUGUCACUGUGGGCACAACUUCAACAACUGCAAUUGAUCCAAUAGGACCACUGUGUAAGGUGGCAAAAGAUUACUCCAUGUGGGUCCAUGUUGAUGCUGCUUAUGCCGGUAGUGCAUGCAUUUGCCCUGAGUUUCGACACUUGAUUGAUGGUGUUGAGGAUGCUGACUCGUUUAGCUUCAAUGCUCACAAAUGGUUUCUGACAAACUUAGACUGUUGCUGCCUUUGGGUGAAGGAUCCACCUUCUCUGGUAAAGUUCUUGUCAACAAAUUCAGUGUACUUGGAGAACAGUGCUUCCGAGACCAAGCAAGUGGUGGACUACAAAGAUUGGCAGAUACCGUUAAGCCGGAGAUUUCGCGCACUGAAGGUGUGGCUUGUGCUCCGAAGUUAUGGUGUGGCUAAUCUUCGAAACUUCCUUAGGAGUCAUGUUGAAAUGGCAAAAACUUUUGAGGAGUUGGUAAAGAAGGACACCAGGUUUGAGAUUGUAGUCCCUAGAAAUCUUGCUGUUGUUUUCUUUAGGCUUUUACCAUCAGUGACUACAAAGUUUGCUAAUGGAAAGGUCCAAAAUGGAAAUCUCAUUGCUAAUGGAAAGGUCCAAAAUGGAAAUAUCAUUGCCAAUGGAAAGGUCCAAAACGGAGACCUCAAAACUAAGGAUGUUGCAAAUGAGAUGAAUCGUAAACUGUUAGAUUCCAUAAAUGGUUCAGGCACUGUGUACAUGACUCAUGCUGUUGUUGGAGGAAUUUUUGUGAUUAGGUGUGCAAUAGGGGCAACCUUAACAGAAGAAAUGCAUGUGAUCAAGGCCUGGAAGGUGGUGCAAGAACAUGCAGAUGUCAUCAUAAAAUACUAAAUCAAAUCUAUAUCUGACAGGAAAAGACUCAAGAUACUCUUUAAUGGUUAAAUUGUUGCAAAAUAGGUAUUUCUUUCAACAAAUGAUCCAGGUCAGCAAAGUGCUAAUAAGGAUUCUUUGUUAAUUGUUAUCCUUCGGAGCAAGUUUAUAUGUAUGUGUCAAAUGUAAUACUUUUUAAUCCUUGAUUGCAGUCAUAUUCCGUACCAAUUACCACAAAGGUCUGUAAAUAAGGUCACAAGGACCGCAUAAUCAUUCAUUUGGUAUAUUAACAUGGAAUUUGUAGAUA